AUGGUACAUGUUAAUGUAAGAUUUAACAUAACUAUCAUUCUUAUCUUAGCUUGCACUGAUCCACUGUGCGUUUGUUUAGAGGAUAAUUUGACAGCUUGCGCUUAGUGCAAAAAUUCCUCUCAUAUUUAUCUAGAAAACUUGUAGAAAUGUUUAGACAUCUCACCAGACUUUAAAUACUUUGACUUUGGUACUAGUACUCUAGAUAAGUGCCAUCCAUACUGCAAAUCAUGCUUCGGUUAGAAUUAAUAAACCUGCUUUGAAUGUGCUGAAAAUAUCACCCUCAUUAGUAAAUACUUUUGUAACUCUGUUAACUGUAUGGCAGCUGGAGAGAUAAUAAAAGUAAACAGCGAUUUGAAAAAUCCAAAUUCCACUGGAGAAUGUGUGCCAUGUAUUUCACCUUGUGUGACUUGUGUUAACAAGCCUGAUUAUUGCACUUCAUGUGGAGAUGAAUAUAUACUAAUUGAUGGUACUUGCCUAACUUGCUCUUCAUUGAAUGGUUUCAACUACCCUAUUAUAGGAUAAGGCACUAGAGGCUAAAGAUGUACAGAAAUUUGUGGUGACGGCUUAAGAUUCAAUUAGAAUCAAUGUGAUGAUGGAAAUCUCAACGAUGGCGAUGGAUGUUCUUCUUAGUGUAGAGUAGAGAGCAAUUAUAAGUGUAUAGGGGGUUCAACUACAUCAAAAGAUAUAUGUCAAGAUACCCUUGGGCCGACUGUUUCAAUAUUAUCUGUUGGAUCAGAGAGCAGAUUUAUAAUCUUGGAAUUCUCUGAUAACUAGGGAUAGGUAUUCACUGAUGCAAAGAAAAUUGCAGAAUAAGAUUUUUAUUUUCACUUUGAAGGCAUUGAUAUAGAAUCGCCUAGCUACUCGGUAAAAGGGGAGAUAUAGGAUGAUUUUCCAAAAAAUAAGAGAAUAUUUCUAAAUUUUUCACCAAAGUUCUCGAUUCCAGAGGAAGGUGCCUCAAUCUCUAUUGGCUUCAAAAAUUCUUCACUGGUCUAUGAUCAGUAUCUGAAUCCAAUAUCGAUAUUCUAGACUAAUAAAUUCAAGCUAUCGAAGUUCGAAUACAAAGAUCCUAGCUAUUACAAGGCAAUUACUGAAGCAGCAUCUACUGUUAGUCAUGGAGCAUAAGUGCUAUUGGCUAUUAAUUUGAUAUUAUCAGUUGCUCUUGACAAGGCUCUUGACUCUUUAUAUUCAGCUAUUAAUUCAGUUCAAAUUUUAUUUUAUUUGCCCUUGAUUGAUAUUCAUUUUCCAAAUGAAGUUUACCAGAUAUUUUAGUACUUGUCUUAUGCAAAUUUUGAAAAUUAGUUGAUUAAAGAUCCGAUCUCAAGUGUGAUAAAUUUUGAUAAUAUUUCUGAUAGUUCAAUAAACUAAGUCUUCAACAAUUAUGGCUUUGAAAGCUAAGUAUUUUUGAAAUCUUAUCAAUACAAACUAGGAAUGAUAUUCGCAAUAUAUUGCUUUUAUCCAUUAAGUUAGCUAUUCAAGAACUUCAAAAGCAAAAACUUUUAAAUCUUUAAAGCUAUGGAUAGUUUCUUUUUAUGGAAUGGAUCUCUGAGAUUAGGUUAUGAGCUUUACCUAGAAAUGGGUAUUUAUGCCUAUCUUAAUCUUUACAACCUCCAGUACUAAAAUCUAGAUCAAAUAGUCUCCUCUGUUAUUGCCAUUAUAGCAAUGGGUUUUGUGACAUUCUUCCCUAUGAUUACAAUGAACUUGGUUUAAUAAAAAGGUUCAAAUAACAAAAAUACCAAAAAUAGAUUUAACACUUUGAUGGAAAAUUUCAGAGAAAUUGGCAUCACUCAAUAUGUGAAUGGAUAAAAGGAACUCAUUCAUAAAUCAUUCCUUCCUUAAUUACACUUUUCAGCAUUCUUAUUCAGGAGAUUAUUGUACAUAUGGAUUCUGGUGCUUUUAACAAGGUUUCCUGCACUUCAAAUAAUGCUCUGCAUUUUAAAAACUAUCGGAAUGCUUUCUUACUUGAUUUAUGUGUAACCAUUCAAGAAUAAGAUCAGCAAUGCAAUGAAUAUCUUUAACGAGACUCUGACAGGAAUUGCCUUCUCUGUAUGCUUCAUUUUUGAGAGAGGAAUGACUGAAAGUAAAAGAAAUUACUAUGGAUGGGUUAUAAUUGGGUUAGCUUCAACUAUUCUUGUUGCAAAUUUAGUGGUGGGUAUAAUUGAAACAAUAAAAAAUUUAAAAGUAAUUUUAGGCAGUCUAAUAUUAAGAGUAAAACAAACACUUAAACGUAAAACUAGAAAUGAGAAUAAAAAUACUUAGUCUUCUCUAAAAAACAUAAAGAAGAGCAGAUCAAUGAAAAAUAAUAAUUUUAAUGAAUAGAACAUAUCUAAUAAAUAGGAUGCAAUGUAGUUGAGUCAUGCAUUGGAUUAACCAAAUAAAACUUAUUUGAGCAUUAAUUAAGGCACCUCAUAAUUCAAUCUCACAGAUUAAUCAACUUUGAAUCCAAUAAAUGAUUCAAACCAAUCUAUAGACAGCUUUCUUUCUCCUUAGAGAAAUUUAGCAUCCUUUGAAUUUGACAGAUUUUAACAAAGAGCAAAUGCAUUUUCAUCAGCCUCUUAAAAAAGAAAUUCAUUUAUUAAGUUAAGAAAUGCUAAUAAGAAAAAGAAUUAGUAACAUAAGAAUUCAGUUAUAUUUAAAGAGGAUGAAAUCAUUUAAAAAGAUAGAAAUGAUGAUUUUAGGAGCAGCUAAGUAUUGACUUUACCUUAAUAUUCUAGUAUUCUUGAUUAUGCUGGUAAUAGAUAAGAUUAAUGA